AUGACAACGCUAGGCCAUCGCUCCGUGUCGCUGCCGCAGCUGCACCCGUGGAUUCGCGGCGUCGAGCACGAGGAGCGCGGCAGCGAGGCCGUUCGUGAGGCUCAGUGCGGGGAGCCGAGCGACGUCCCCGUGCGCAUGCAUUCGAACAGGCCGGACGAUCAGCAACGGCAGCCGCAGCAGCAACAGGUGCAGCAGCAGGAGCAACAGGUGCAGCAGCAGGAGGAAGAGGUGCAGCAACAGCGGCAGCAGCAGCAGCAGCAGCAGUCCGCCAGCGCUGUGCUGGGUCCUCGCUCCGUGGCCGUCUCCCUCACCGUCGACCACGCAUUCGGCUUCGCAUCCCCAGCAGCCCUCCCGCCCGCUGUGCUCUCCGCCCUCGCAGCGCUCGCGGACUCAGCACGCCACCAGGCUGGCGGGUGCUCCCCGCUCACAGCGGAUGGCACGGCGGACUGCGCCUUGCCUCCCGCGCUUGAAGGCAUCUUACGGAGCGCACCUCCCAACGGCCCAGGCGACGCGGGAUCGGAUGGUGGGUCGGCUGUUGCAGAGAGGCAUGGGCAGUGGAGCGGCAAGGCCAGCAAUUGGGGACUUGCCAGCGCUGCGCCUGCUGCCGUGCCACCCGCUGUAGCAGCCGAGGCGGAGGCAGCGGCGGGCGAGGGCGAGGAGGGGGCGGAAGCCGCGCUGCUGGCGGUGGAGGUGCGGUGGAAGGGCGCGCGCGCGGGGCUGAUGGGGUCCAUGUUCGGGCGCGCCGUGAAGCGCGGGUGCAGCAGCGCGCAGCCCCCGCGCGGGGCGCACGGGAUGGUGCGGUGGGAGGAGGGCUUCGCGCACGACUGCCACCUGCUGCCCUGCCCCGCCGCCGUGCGCGCCGCCCGCGGGCAGGGCGAGGCGUGCGGCAAGGGCUGCCUCUUCCAGCCGUGGGAGAUCGUGCUGCUCGUGCACAAGCAUGCACCCAGCAGGCCCAGGGAGCGGCCCCAGCAGGUGGCGUCGGUGGUGCUGGACGUGGCGCCGCUCGCCUCGCCGCUCUCCGCGCACCCCCUCACGCACCACCUGCUGCUCCUCUUCGCGCCCCCCGACUCGCCCCCUGUCGGCCUGCUGCAGGUGACAGUGGAGUGCACUCAGCUCCCACAAGCAGCAUCCGCCCCCCCAUCCCCAGCCGCACUCCAGUCGGCAGCACCAGUCCCGGCCCAAGCCUCAGCACCGGCGGCAGGGGCAGCCGCGGGCGCGCCAGCAGCAGCAGGGACGGGGGUGAGGGAGGCUGGGGUAGGCGGGGUGCACCUGGGGGGGCUGUGGGGGUGGCAGCGGCGCAGCCGGGAGAGCAAGAGCCCCGCGCUGCCCCUGAACGCGGCGGGUAUUGUAGGCGAGAGCGAGGGGCAUGGUGCUGCAGGCAGCGGCAGCGCGGAGCAGAGCAGCGGUGGUGGGCAGCAGGAGGAGGCCGAUUGGGAGCGAACGGACGGCGAUACAGAGUGGGAGCAGGUGGAGCGGAGGGCGAGUGACGGCGAGGGCGCAGAGGGGGAGAAUGGGCGUGGCGGGCAGGGAUGGGAGGGGCGGCAGACGAGGGAGAUAGGCGGUGCCGUGGAGCAGCAGAGAGAAAAUGGCGCUGCUGUGGCGGAGGUGGAAGGCGAAUCGGCAGACAACAGGGGGGCGUCCGGCAAUGGGGGUGUGGAUGUGGCUGUGGGCACAGGCGCUGGCGCGAGCACGGGUGCGGGUGCAGGCACGGGCACGAGCAUGGGCAUGGGUAUGGGACUGCUGGAUGUGCUGCGGGGAGGGGUGUGGCGGCGGUCAGUGUCGGUGGAUGGGGCAGGACGGGUGCGGGGCAGGCCAAGCGGGAAACAGGCGGCGGGGCUAGGAGGGAGGGGUGAAGAGGGGACGGGGGAGGAGGGCGAAGAGGGUGAGAGCAAGGAGCGAGGGAGCAACACCUUGUGGGAGGGGAAUGGGGUCUUGACGAGUGAGUUGGCAGUGUGGGAGAAGGCAGCGGAGGAUACGUACAGGGAGAUGGGAGGAGAGGCAGAGAGCGAGUGUGAGGAGGGCGAGGAGGAGAUGGUAGCAGCGGAGGCGCUGUGCUAUGGGCCGCUGGCAGAGGUGAACCUGGGAGGGCACGUGGGAGGGCCCGUGCACACACGCAUGCGCAUGCUGCACCUGCUGCCCCACGCCCUGCCCUCGCCCCCUCGCACCCUCUCCCUGCCCGCCCACCCGUCCAGCGUGCAUAGUGACAGAGGGCAGGCUGCAAUGCAAGAAACGCACAUGGCGUCACUGGAAGGAGGCAGGGAGGGAGGUGGCGAGGAGGGAGCAGUGGGAGCAGUUGGCGCAGAGGGUGUGGGAGGUGCAGCGGAGGAGGAGCAGCGAGUGACUGCUCCUUUGAGGUCGCCCUUAGCGCCACGCCUCUUCACCUUCACCUCGCCCUUCCUCUUCUUCUCCUCCACCCCCCGCCCGCCCCCUGCUCCUGCGCCCACACCCGACCUGCCCUCGCCACCAGCGCCACAGCCCGCAUCGUCAGCACCAGAAGCCACAUCCGACCCCGCACCUGCUGCUGCCUGUGCCGGCUCCACCCAAGGCGUGCAAGGCCCUCCCCCUCCCCAAGGCAGCAGGGACUCGUCCCCCAUCUCACCGCUCGACCCCCUCCCUGCCGACGCCCCUCCCCCUUCUAAGUCCUUUCUCCUCCCGCCCUUCCUCCCAGCCAAGCCCCUUGCUGCCACCUCGGGCGGAGGUGGGGCAGGGGGCGGAGGCGGAGGGGGUGCGGGCGUGGGCGCGUUUCUGCGGCGGCCGCUGCUCUUCCUGCGCACGCUGUCACUGCAGGAGAGGGGCGAGCCGCUGCUGCACAAGGCGUACGGGGAGGAGGGGGGGGACGAGAUCGACUGGGACAGGCGCAAGGCACUGGAGGCCGAGCAGGAGCAUCCCCUUUAUAAGCUGCCUCUGGAGGAGCAGCAGGCAGCAGCGAGUGCGGAGGAGGCAGAGACAGAUCCAGUGUCCCCAUCGGCAUCGAGUGUGCGGGAGCUCUUCGGGGACGAGUUCCGUGUCGGCCGCUGGGAGCGCCGUGAGGUGGUGAGUCGCGACGGCACGGCACGGCUGUGUGCGCCGGUGUUCCUGGCAACAGUGGACCAGUGCCACGCCAGCGCGGCAGGCGAGGGCGCGUGUGCGCUGCUGGUGGCGCACAUAGCAGCGUGGGUGCAUCUGCAAGAGCAUGCACACGGGGAGGGCACGCUGCCAGGGCAGGCGGAGCUGGACGACCUCAUCCGUGCCGGGUCGGCUGACUGGCGCCGCCUGCGCGCCCUCAGCGACUUCCACCAGCGCUUCCCUGAUGGGCACUUUGACCUCGACACCGUGCUGGCUGCCGUGCAGCACUCGCAUGCCAACACGGCCCCCCAUGCACCCUCCCAUGCGCAGUCCGACUGUGGCGGGCAGGCCGUGGGUGCAGAGGCUCACGAGCGGGCAGCUGAUAUGGAUGGUGGAGGAAACACGGACCCUGGUGCCAGCCAUGCUGGCAGUGGUGGAGGGGCGGCAGCCAUGCCACGGCUGCCGCUGUGUGUGGUGCCCAGCCAGUCGUUCGUGGGGUUCUUCCACCCGCCCUGCCUGGCCGCCGCACGUGCCAUGGAGGUCGCGGCUCGCACGAAGGGCAGCAGCGCAGCAGAGGGUGAUGCGGCGGAUGUGUGCAGGGGCGAGGUGGGUGCGAGCACUGUGGACGAGAGCGGUAGAGGCACAGAGGAGGGGGAUGGGGGGAAGGAGGAGGAGGUAGUGGGGAAGCGCACAAGCAGUUCGCCAGACGUAGAAGCAAAAGGAAAUGGGACUGAAGCGUCGUUGGAAGGAGGAAAGCAAGAGCAGGCGUCUAGUGCAGAGAGCCCGGAAGACGUGGGGAAUAAGGGCAUGGAGGAGAAGGGCAUGGAGGAGAAGGGCAUGGAGGAGAAGGGCAUGGAGGAGAAGGGCAUGGAGGAGAAGGGCAUGGAGGAGAAGGGCAUGGAGGAGAAGGGCAUGGAGGAGAAGGGCAUGGAGGAGAAGGGCAUGGAGGAGAAGGGCAUGGAGGAGAAGGGCAUGGAGGAGAAGGGCAUGGAGGAGAAGGGCAUGGAGGAGAAGGGCAUGGAGGAGAAGGGCAUGGAGGAGAAGGGCAUGGAGGAGAAGGGCAUGGAGGAGAAGGGCAUGGAGGAGAAGGGCAUGGAGGAGAAGGGCAUGGAGGAGAAGGGCAUGGAGGAGAAGGGCAUGGAGGAGAAGGGCAUGGAGGAGAAGGGCAUGGAGGAGAAGGGCAUGGAGGAGAAGGGCAUGGAGGAGAAGGGCAUGGAGGAGAAGGGCAUGGAGGAGAAGGGCAUGGAGGAGAAGGGCAUGGAGGAGAAGGGCAUGGAGGAGAAGGGCAUGGAGGAGAAGGGCAUGGAGGAGAAGGGCAUGGAGGAGAAGGGCAUGGAGGAGAAGGGCAUGGAGGAGAAGGGCAUGGAGGAGAAGGGCAUGGAGGAGAAGGGCAUGGAGGAGAAGGGCAUGGAGGAGAAGGGCAUGGAGGAGAAGGGCAUGGAGGAGAAGGGCAUGGAGGAGAAGGGCAUGGAGGAGAAGGGCAUGGAGGAGAAGGGCAUGGAGGAGAAGGGCAUGGAGGAGAAGGGCAUGGAGGAGAAGGGCAUGGAGGAGAAGGGCAUGGAGGAGAAGGGCAUGGAGGAGAAGGGCAUGGAGGAGAAGGGCAUGGAGGAGAAGGGCAUGGAGGAGAAGGGCAUGGAGGAGAAGGGCAUGGAGGAGAAGGGCAUGGAGGAGAAGGGCAUGGAGGAGAAGGGCAUGGAGGAGAAGGGCAUGGAGGAGAAGGGCAUGGAGGAGAAGGGCAUGGAGGAGAAGGGCAUGGAGGAGAAGGGCAUGGAGGAGAAGGGCAUGGAGGAGAAGGGCAUGGAGGAGAAGGGCAUGGAGGAGAAGGGCAUGGAGGAGAAGGGCAUGGAGGAGAAGGGCAUGGAGGAGAAGGGCAUGGAGGAGAAGGGCAUGGAGGAGAAGGGCAUGGAGGAGAAGGGCAUGGAGGAGAAGGGCAUGGAGGAGAAGGGCAUGGAGGAGAAGGGCAUGGAGGAGAAGGGCAUGGAGGAGAAGGGCAUGGAGGAGAAGGGCAUGGAGGAGAAGGGCAUGGAGGAGAAGGGCAUGGAGGAGAAGGGCAUGGAGGAGAAGGGCAUGGAGGAGAAGGGCAUGGAGGAGAAGGGCAUGGAGGAGAAGGGCAUGGAGGAGAAGGGCAUGGAGGAGAAGGGCAUGGAGGAGAAGGGCAUGGAGGAGAAGGGCAUGGAGGAGAAGGGCAUGGAGGAGAAGGGCAUGGAGGAGAAGGGCAUGAGGAGAAGGGCAUGGAGGAGAAGGGCAUGGGAGGAGAAGGGCAUGGAGGAGAAGGGCAUGGAGGAGAAGGGCAUGGAGGAGAAGGGCAUGGAGGAGAAGGGCAUGGAGGAGAAGGCAUGGAGGAGAAGGGCAUGGAGGAGAAGGGCAUGGAGGAGAAGGGCAUGGAGGAGAAGGGCAUGGAGGAGAAGGGCCAUGGAGGAGAAGGGCAUGGAGGAGAAGGGCAUGGAGGAGAAGGGCAUGGAGGAGAAGGGCAUGGAGGAGAAGGGCAUGGGAGGAGAAGGGCCAAUGGAGGAGAAGGGCAUGGAGGAGAAGGGCAUGGAGGAGAAGGGCAUGGAGGAGAAGGGCAUGGAGGAGAAGGGCAUGGAGGAGAAGGGCAAUGGAGGAGAAGGGCAUGGAGGAGAAGGGCAUGGAGGAGAAGGGCAUGGAGGAGAAGGGCAUGGAGGAGAAGGGCAUGGAGGAGAAGGGCAUGGAAGGAAGGAUGAGGAGAAGGGCAUGGAGGAGAAGGGCAUGGAGGAGAAGGGCAUGGAGGAGAAGGGAGAAGGGCAUGGAGGAGAAGGGCAUGGAGGAGAAGGGCAUGGAGGAGAAGGGCCAUGGAGGAGAAGGGCAUGGAAGGAGAAGGGCAUGGAGGAGAAGGGCAUGGAGGAGAAGGGCAUGGAGGAAGAAGGGCAUGGAGGAGAAGGGCAUGGAGGAGAAGGGCAUGGAGGAGAAGGGCAGGAGGAGAAGGGCAUGGAGGAGAAGGGCAUGGAGGAGAAGGCAUGGAGGAGAAGGGCAUGGCAGGAGAAGGGCAUGGAGGAGAAGGGCAUGGAGGAGAAGGGCAUGGAGGAGAAGGGCAUGGAGGAGAAGGGCAUGGAGGAGAAGGGCAUGGAGGAGAAGGGCAUGGAGGAGAAGGGCAUGGAGGAGAAGGGCAUGGAGGAGAAGGGCAUGGAGGAGAAGGGCAUGGAGGAGAAGGGCAUGGAGGAGAAGGGCAUGGAGGAGAAGGGCAUGGAGGAGAAGGGCAUGGAGGAGAAGGGCAUGGAGGAGAAGGGCAUGGAGGAGAAGGGCAUGGAGGAGAAGGGCAUGGAGGAGAAGGGCAUGGAGGGAGAAGGGCAUGGAGGAGAAGGGCAUGGAGGAGAAGGGCAUGGAGGAGAAGGGCAUGGAGGAGAAGGGCAUGGAGGAGAAGGGCAUGGAGGAGAAGGGCAUGGAGGAGAAGGGCAUGGAGGAGAAGGGCAUGGAGGAGAGGGCAUGGAGGAGAAGGGCAUGGAGGAGAAGGGCAUGGAGGAGAAGGGCAUGGAGGAGAAGGGCAUGGAGGAGAAGGGCAUGGAGGAGAAGGGCAUGGAGGAGAAGGGCAUGGAGGAGAAGGGCAUGGAGGAGAAGGGCAUGGAGGAGAAGGGCAUGGAGGAGAAGGGCAUGGAGGAGAAGGGCAUGGAGGAGAAGGGCAUGGAGGAGAAGGGCAUGGAGGAGAAGGGCAUGGAGGAGAAGGGCAUGGAGGAGAAGGGCAUGGAGGAGAAGGGCAUGGAGGAGAAGGGCAUGGAGGAGAAGGGCAUGGAGGAGAAGGGCAUGGAGGAGAAGGGCAUGGAGGAGAAGGGCAUGGAGGAGAAGGGCAUGGAGGAGAAGGGCAUGGAGGAGAAGGGCAUGGAGGAGAAGGGCAUGGAGGAGAAGGGCAUGGAGGAGAAGGGCAUGGAGGAGAAGGGCAUGGAGGAGAAGGGCAUGGAGGAGAAGGGCAUGGAGGAGAAGGGCAUGGAGGAGAAGGGCAUGGAGGAGAAGGGCAUGGAGGAGAAGGGCAUGGAGGAGAAGGGCAUGGAGGAGAAGGGCAUGGAGGAGAAGGGCAUGGAGGAGAAGGGCAUGGAGGAGAAGGGCAUGGAGGAGAAGGGCAUGGAGGAGAAGGGCAUGGAGGAGCAAGGGCAUGGAGGGAGAAGGGCAUGGAGGAGAAGGGCAUGGAAGGAGAAGGGCAUGGAGGAGAAGGGCAUGGAGGAGAAGGGCAUGGAGGAGAAGGGCAUGGAGGAGAAGGGCAUGGAGAGAAGGGCAUGGAGGAGAAAGGCAUGGAGGAGGAAGGGCAUGGAGGAGAAGGGCAUGGAGGAGAAGGGCAUGGAGGAGAAGGGCCAUGGAGGAGAAGGGCAUGGAGGAGAAGGGCAUGGAGGAGAAGGCAUGGAGGAGAAGGGCAUGGAGGAGAAGGGCAUGGAGGAGAAGGGCAUGGAGGAGAAGGGCAUGAGGAGAGGGCAUGGAGGAGAAGGGCAUGGAGGAGAAGGGCAUGGAGGAGAAGGGCAUGGAGGAGAAGGGCAUGGAGGAGAAGGGCAUGGAGGAGAAGGGCAUGGAGGAGAAGGGGCAUGGAGGAGAAGGGCAUUGGAGGAGAAGGGCAUGGAGGAGAAGGGCAUGGAGGAGAGGCAUGGAGGAGAAGGGCAUGGAGGAGAAGGGCAUGGAGGAGAAGGGCAUGGAGGAGAAGGGCAUGGAGGAGGGCAUGGAGGAGAAGGGCAUGGAGGAGAAGGGCAUGGAGGAGAAGGGCAUGGAGGAGAAGGGCAUGGAGGAGAAGGGCAUGGAGGAGAAGGGCAUGGAGGAGAAGGGCAUGGAGGAGAAGGGCAUGGAGGAGAAGGGCAUGGAGGAGAAGGGCAUGGAGGAGAAGGGCAUGGAGGAGAAGGGCAUGGAGGAGAAGGGCAUGGAGGAGAAGGGCAUGGAGGAGAAGGGCAUGGAGGAGAAGGGCAUGGAGGAGAAGGGCAUGGAGGAGAAGGGCAUGGAGGAGAAGGGCAUGGAGGAGAAGGGCAUGGAGGAGAAGGGCAUGGAGGAGAAGGGCAUGGAGGAGAAGGGCAUGGAGGAGAAGGGCAUGGAGGAGAAGGGCAUGGAGGAGAAGGGCAUGGAGGAGAAGGGCAUGGAGGAGAAGGGCAUGGAGGAGAAGGGCAUGGAGGAGAAGGGCAUGGAGGAGAAGGGCAUGGAGGAGAAGGGCAUGGAGGAGAAGGGCAUGGAGGAGAAGGGCAUGGAGGAGAAGGGCAUGGAGGAGAAGGGCAUGGAGGAGAAGGGCAUGGAGGAGAAGGGCAUGGAGGAGAAGGGCAUGGGAGGGAGAAGGGCAUGGAGGAGAAGGGCAUGGAGGAGAAGGCAUGGAGGAGAAGGGCAUGGAGGAGAAGGGCAUGGAGGAGAAGGGCAUGGAGGAGAAGGGCAUGGAGGAGAAGGGCAUGGAGGAGAAGGCAUGGAGGAGAAGGGCAUGGAGGAGAAGGGCAUGGAGGAGAAGGCAUGGAGGAGAAGGGCAUGGAGGAGAAGGGCAUGGAGGAGAAGGGCAUGGAGGAGAAGGGCAUGGAGGAGAAGGGCAUGGAGGAGAAGGGCAUGGAGGAGAAGGGCAUGGAGGAGAAGGGCAUGGAGGAGAAGGGCAUGGAGGAGAAGGGCAUGGAGGAGAAGGGCAUGGAGGAGAAGGGCAUGGAGGAGAAGGGCAUGGAGGAGAAGGGCAUGGAGGAGAAGGGCAUGGAGGAGAAGGGCAUGGAGGAGAAGGGCAUGGAGGAGAAGGGCAUGGAGGAGAAGGGCAUGGAGGAGAGGAGAAGGCAUGGAGGAGAAGGGCAUGGAGGAGAAGGGCAUGGAGGAGAAGGGCAUGGAGGAGAAGGGCAUGGAGGAGAAGGGCAUGGAGGAGAAGGGCAUGGAGGAGAAGGGCAUGGAGGAGAAGGGCAUGGAGGAGAAGGGCAUGGAGGAGAAGGGCAUGGAGGAGAAGGGCAUGGAGGAGAAGGGCAUGGAGGAGAAGGGCAUGGAGGAGAAGGGCAUGGAGGAGAAGGGCAUGGAGGAGAAGGGCAUGGAGGAGAAGGGCAUGGAGGAGAAGGGCAUGGAGGAGAAGGGCAUGGAGGAGAAGGGCAUGGAGGAGAAGGGCAUGGAGGAGAAGGGCAUGGAGGAGAAGGGCAUGGAGGAGAAGGGCAUGGAGGAGAAGGGCAUGGAGGAGAAGGGCAUGGAGGAGAAGGGCAUGGAGGAGAAGGGCAUGGAGGAGAAGGGCAUGGAGGAGAAGGGCAUGGAGGAGAAGGGCAUGGAGGAGAAGGGCAUGGAGGAGAAGGGCAUGGAGGAGAAGGGCAUGGAGGAGAAGGGCAUGGAGGAGAAGGGCAUGGAGGAGAAGGGCAUGGAGGAGAAGGGCAUGGAGGAGAAGGGCAUGGAGGAGAAGGGCAUGGAGGAGAAGGGCAUGGAGGAGAAGGGCAUGGAGGAGAAGGGCAUGGAGGAGAAGGGCAUGGAGGAGAAGGGCAUGGAGGAGAAGGGCAUGGAGGAGAAGGGCAUGGAGGAGAAGGGCAUGGAGGAGAAGGGCAUGGAGGAGAAGGGCAUGGAGGAGAAGGGCAUGGAGGAGAAGGGCAUGGAGGAGAAGGGCAUGGAGGAGAAGGGCAUGGAGGAGAAGGGCAUGGAGGAGAAGGGCAUGGAGGAGAAGGGCAUGGAGGAGAAGGGCAUGGAGGAGAAGGGCAUGGAGGAGAAGGGCAUGGAGGAGAAGGGCAUGGAGGAGAAGGGCAUGGAGGAGAAGGGCAUGGAGGAGAAGGGCAUGGAGGAGAAGGGCAUGGAGGAGAAGGGCAUGGAGGAGAAGGGCAUGGAGGAGAAGGGCAUGGAGGAGAAGGGCAUGGAGGAGAAGGGCAUGGAGGAGAAGGGCAUGGAGGAGAAGGGCAUGGAGGAGAAGGGCAUGGAGGAGAAGGGCAUGGAGGAGAAGGGCAUGGAGGAGAAGGGCAUGGAGGAGAAGGGCAUGGAGGAGAAGGGCAUGGAGGAGAAGGGCAUGGAGGAGAAGGGCAUGGAGGAGAAGGGCAUGGAGGAGAAGGGCAUGGAGGAGAAGGGCAUGGAGGAGAAGGGCAUGGAGGAGAAGGGCAUGGAGGAGAGGGCAUGGAGGAGAAGGGCAUGGAGGAGAAGGGCAUGGAGGAGAAGGGCAUGGAGGAGAAGGGCAUGGAGGAGAAGGGCAUGGAGGAGAAGGGCAUGGAGGGAAGGCAUGGAGGAGAAGGGCAUGGAGGAGAAGGGCAUGGAGGAGAAGGGCAUGGAGGAGAAGGGCAUGGAGGAGAAGGGCAUGGAGGAGAAGGGCAUGGAGGAGAAGGGCAUGGAGGAGAAGGCAUGGAGGAGAAGGGCAUGGAGGAGAAGGGCAUGGAGGAGAAGGGCAUGGAGGAGAAGGGCAUGGAGGAGAAGGGCAUGGAGGAGCGAAGGGCAUGGAGGAGAAGGGCAUGGGAGCUGGAGGAAGGGCAGGAGGAGAAGGGCAUGGAGGAGAAGGGCAUGGAGGAGAAGGGCAUGGAGGAGAAGGGCAUGGAGGAGAAGGGCAUGGAGGAGAAGGGCAUGGAGGAGAAGGGCAUGGAGGAGAAGGGCAUGGAGGAGAAGGGCAUGGAGGAGAAGGGCAUGGAGGAGAAGGGCAUGGAGGAGAAGGGCAUGGAGGAGAAGGGCAUGGAGGAGAAGGGCAUGGAGGAGAAGGGCAUGGAGGAGAAGGGCAUGGAGGAGAAGGGCAUGGAGGAGAAGGGCAUGGAGGAGAAGGGCAUGGAGGAGAAGGGCAUGGAGGAGAAGGGCAUGGAGGAGAAGGGCAUGGAGGAGAAGGGCAUGGAGGAGAAGGGCAUGGAGGAGAAGGGCAUGGAGGAGAAGGGCAUUAGGAGGAGAAGGGCAUGGAGGAGAAGGGCAUGGAGGAGAAGGGCAUGGAGGAGAAGGGCAUUGGAGGAGAAGGGCAUGGAGGAGAAGGGCAUGGAGGAGAAGGGCAUGGAGGAGAAGGGCAGGAGGAGAGGGCAUGGAGAGAGGGCAUGGAGGAGAAGGGCAUUGAGGAGAAGGGCAUGGAGGAGAAAGGGCAUGGAGGAGAAGGGCAUGGAGGAGAAGGGCAUGGAGGAGAAGGGCAUGGAGGAGAAGGGCAUGGAGGAGAAGGGCAUGGAGGAGAAGGGCAUGGAGGAGAAGGGCAUGGAGGAGAAGGGCAUGGAGGAGAAGGGCAGGAGGAGAAGGGCAUGGAGGAGAAGGCAUGGAGGAGAAGGCAUGGAGGAGAAGGGCAUGGAGGAGAAGGGCAUGGAGGAGAAGGGCAUGGAGGAGAAGGGCACAUGGAGGAGAAGGGCAUGGAGGAGAAGGGCAUGGAGGAGAAGGGCAUGGAGGAGAAGGCAUGGAGGAGAAGGGCAUGGAGGAGAAGGCAUGGAGGAGAAGGGCAUGGAGGAGAAGGGCAUGGAGGAGAAGGGCAUGGAGGAGAAGGGCAUGGAGGAGAAGGCAUGGAGGAGAAGGCAUGGAGUGAGAAGGGCAUGGAGGAGAAGGGCAUGGAGGAGAAGGGCAUGGAGAGAAGGAGCAUGGAGGAGGAAGGGCAUGGAGGAGAAGGGCAUGGAGGAGAAGGGCAUGGAGGAGAAGGGCAUGGAGGAGAAGGGCAUGGAGGGAGAAGGGCAAUGGAGGAGAAGGGCAUGGAGGAGAAGGGCAUGGAGGAGAAGGGCAUGGAGGAGAAGGGCAUGGAGGAGAAGGGCAUUGGAGGAGAAGGGCAUGGAGGAGAAGGGCAUGGAGGAGAAGGGCAUGGAGGAGAGGGCAUGGAGGGAAGAAGGGCAUGGAGGAGAAGGCAUGGAGGAGAAGGCAUGGAGGAGAAGGGCAUGGAGGAAGAAGGGCAUGGAGGAGAAGGGCAUGGGAGGAGAAGGGCAUGGAGGAGAAGGGCAUGGAGGAGAAGGCAUGGAGGAGAAGGGCAUGGAGGAGAAGGGCAUGGAGGAGAAGGGCAUGGAGGAGAAGGGCAUGGAGGAGAAGGGCAUGGAGGAGAAGGGCAUGGAGGAGAAGGGCAUGAGGAGAAGGCAUGGAGGAGAAGGGCAUGGAGGAGAAGGGCAUGGAGGAAGGCAUGAGGAGAAGGGCAUGGAGGAGAAGGGCAUGGAGGAGAAGGGCAUGGAGGAGAAGGGCAUGGAGGAGAAGGGCAUGGAGGAGAAGGGCAUGGAGGAGAAGGGCAUGGAGGAGAAGGGCAUGGAGGAGAAGGCAUGGAGGAGAAGGGCAUGGAGAGAAGGGCAUGGAGGAGAAGGGAUGGAGGAGAAGGGCAUGGAGGAGAAGGGCAUGAGGAGAAGGGCAUGGAGGAGAAGGGCAUGGAGGAGAAGGGCAUGGAGGAGAAGGGCAUGGAGGAGAAGGGCAUGGAGGAGAAGGGCAUGGAGGAGAAGGGCAUGGAGGAGAAGGCAUGGAGGAGAAGGGCAUGGAGGAGAAGGGCAUGGAGGAGAAGGGCAUGGAGGAGAAGGCAUGGAGGAGAAGGGCAUGGAGGAGAAGGGCAUGGAGGAGAAGGGCAUGGAGGAGAAGGGCAAUGGAGGAGAAGGGCAUGGAGGAGAAGGGCAUGAGGAGAAGGGCAUGGAGGAGAGAAGGGCAUGGAGGAGAAGGGCAUGGAGGAGAAGGGCAUGGAGGAGAAGGGCAUGGAGGAGAAGGGCAUGGAGGAUGAGAAGGGCAUGGAGGAGAAGGGCAUGGAGGAGAAGGGGCAUGGAGGAGAAGGGCAUGGAGGAGAAGGGCAUGGAGGAGAAGGCAUUGGAGGAGAAGGGCCUGGAGGAGAGGGCAGGAGGAGAAGGGCACAUGGAGGAGAAGGGCAUGAGGAGAAGGGCAUGGAGAGGAGAAGGGCAUGGAGGAGAAGGGCAUGGGGAGAAGGCAUGGAGGAGAAGGGCAUGGAGGAGAAGGGCAUGGAGGAGAAGGGCAUGGAGGAGAAGGGCAUGGAGGAGAAGGGCAUGGAGGAGGAGAAGGGCAUGGAGGAGAAGGGCAUGGAGGAGAGGGCAUGGAGGAGAAGGGCAUGGAGGGAGAAGGGCAUGGAGGAGAAGGGCAUGGAGGAGAAGGGCAUGGAGGAGAAGGGCAUGGAGGAGAAGGGCAUGGAGGAGAAGGGCAUGGAGGAGAAGGCAUGGAGGAGAAGGCAUGGAGGAGAAGGGCAUGGAGGAGAAGGGCAUGGAGGAGAAGGCAUGGAGGAGAAGGGCAUGGAGGAGAAGGGCAUGGAGGAGAAGGGCAUGGAGGGAGAAGGGCAUGGAGGAGAAGGGCAUGGAGGAGAAGGGCAUGGAGGAGAAGGGCAUGAGGAGAAGGGCAUGGAGGAGAAGGGGCAUGGAGGAGAAGGGCAUGGAGGAGAAGGGCAUGGAGGAGAAGGGCAUGGAGGAGAAGGGGCAUGGGAAGGGAAGAGAGGGCCUGGAGGAGAAGGGCAUGGAGGAGAAGGGCAUGGAGGAGAAGGGCAUGGAGGAGAAAGGGCAUGGAGGAGAAGGGCAUGGAGGAGAAGGCAUGGAGGAGAAGGGCAUGGAGGAGGAAGGGCAUGGAGGAGACGGGCAUGGAGGAGAAGGGCAUGGAGGAGAAGGGCAUGGAGGAGAAGGGCAUGGAGGAGAAGGGCAUGGAGGAGAAGGGCAUGGAGGAGAAGGGCAUGGAGGAGAAGGGCAUGGAGGAGAAGGGCAUGGAGGAGAAGGGCAUGGAGGAGAAGGGCAUGGAGGAGAAGGGCAUGGAGGAGAAGGGCAUGGAGGAGAAGGCAUGGAGGAGAAGGGCAUGGAGGAGAAGGGCAUGGAGGAGAAGGGCAUGGAGGAGAAGGGCAUGGAGGAGAAGGGCAUGGAGGAGAAGGGCAUGGAGGAGAAGGGCAUGGAGGAGAGAGGAGGCAUGGAGGAGAAGGGCAUGGAGGAGAAGGGCAUGGAGGAGAAGGGCAUGGAGGAGAAGGGCAUGGAGGGAGAAGGGCAUGGAGGAGAAGGGCAUGGAGGAGAAGGGCAUGGAGGAGAAGGGCAUGGAGGAGAAGGGCAUGGAGGAGAAGGGCAUGGAGGAGAAGGGCAUGGAGGAGAAGGGCAUGGAGGAGAAGGGCAUGGAGGAGAAGGGCAUGGAGGAGAAGGGCAUGGAGGAGAAGGGCAUGGAGGAGAAGGGCAUGGAGGAGAAGGGCAUGGAGGAGAAGGGCAUGGAGGAGAAGGGCAUGGAGGAGAAGGGCAUGGAGGAGAAGGGCAUGGAGGAGAAGGGCAUGGAGGAGAAGGGCAUGGAGGAGAAGGGCAUGGAGGAGAAGGGCAUGGAGGAGAAGGGCAUGGAGGAGAAGGGCAUGGAGGAGAAGGGCAUGGAGGAGAAGGGCAUGGAGGAGAAGGGCAUGGAGGAGAAGGGCAUGGAGGAGAAGGGCAUGGAGGAGAAGGGCAUGGAGGAGAAGGGCAUGGAGGAGAAGGGCAUGGAGGAGAAGGGCAUGGAGGAGAAGGGCAUGGAGGAGAAGGGCAUGGAGGAGAAGGGCAUGGAGGAGAAGGGCAUGGAGGAGAAGGGCAUGGAGGAGAAGGGCAUGGAGGAGAAGGGCAUGGAGGAGAAGGGCAUGGAGGAGAAGGGCAUGGAGGAGAAGGGCAUGGAGGAGAAGGGCAUGGAGGAGAAGGGCAUGGAGGAGAAGGGCAUGGAGGAGAAGGGCAUGGAGGAGAAGGGCAUGGAGGAGAAGGGCAUGGAGGAGAAGGGCAUGGAGGAGAAGGGCAUGGAGGAGAAGGGCAUGGAGGAGAAGGGCAUGGAGGAGAAGGGCAUGGAGGAGAAGGGCAUGGAGGAGAAGGGCAUGGAGGAGAAGGGCAUGGAGGAGAAGGGCAUGGAGGAGAAGGGCAUGGAGGAGAAGGGCAUGGAGGAGAAGGGCAUGGAGGAGAAGGGCAUGGAGGAGAAGGGCAUGGAGGAGAAGGGCAUGGAGGAGAAGGGCAUGGAGGAGAAGGGCAUGGAGGAGAAGGGCAUGGAGGAGAAGGGCAUGGAGGAGAAGGGCAUGGAGGAGAAGGGCAUGGAGGAGAAGGGCAUGGAGGAGAAGGGCAUGGAGGAGAAGGGCAUGGAGGAGAAGGGCAUGGAGGAGAAGGGCAUGGAGGAGAAGGGCAUGGAGGAGAAGGGCAUGGAGGAGAAGGGCAUGGGAGGAAUGGAAGGGCAUGGAGGAGAAGGGCAUGGAGGAGAAGGGCAUGGAGGAGAAGGGCAUGGAGGAGAAGGGCAUGGAGGAGAAGGGCAUGGAGGAGAAAGGGCAUGGAGGAGAAGGGCAUGGAGGAGAAGGGCAUGGAGGAGAAGGGCAUGGAGGAGAAGGGCAUGGAGGAGAAGGGCAUGGAGGAGAAGGGCAUGGAGGAAGAAGGGCAUGGAGGAGAAGGGCAUGGAGGAGAAAGGGCAUGGAGGAGAAGGGGCAUGGAGGAGAAGGGCAUGGAGGAGAAGGGCAUGGAGGAGAAGGGCAUGGAGGAGAAGGGCAUGGAGGAGAAGGGCAUGGAGGAGAAGGGCAUGGAGGAUGAAGAAGGGCAGAUGGAGGAGAAGGGCAUGGAGGAGAAGGGCAUGGAGGAGAAGGGCAUGGAGGAGAAGGGCAUGGAGGAGAAGGGCAUGGAGGAGAAGGGCAUGGAGGAGAAGGGCAUGGAGGAGAGGGGCAUGGAGGAGAAGGGCAUGGAGGAGAAGGGCAUGGAGGAGAAGGGCAUGGAGGAGAAGGGCAUGGAGGAGAAGGGCAUGGAGGAGAAGGGCAUGGAGGAGAAGGGCAUGGAGGAGAAGGGCAUGGAGGAGAAGGGCAUGGAGGAGAAGGGCAUGGAGGAGAAGGGCAUGGAGGAGAAGGGCAUGGAGGAGAAGGGCAUGGAGGAGAAGGGCAUGGAGGAGAAGGGCAUGGAGGAGAAGGGCAUGGAGGAGAAGGGCAUGGAGGAGAAGGGCAUGGAGGAGAAGGGCAUGGAGGAGAAGGGCAUGGAGGAGAAGGGCAUGGAGGAGAAGGGCAUGGAGGAGAAGGGCAUGGAGGAGAAGGGCAUGGAGGAGAAGGGCAUGGAGGAGAAGGGCAUGGAGGAGAAGGGCAUGGAGGAGAAGGGCAUGGAGGAGAAGGGCAUGGAGGAGAAGGGCAUGGAGGAGAAGGGCAUGGAGGAGAAGGGCAUGGAGGAGAAGGGCAUGGAGGAGAAGGGCAUGGAGGAGAAGGGCCAUGGAGGAGAAGGGCAUGGAGGAGGACGGGCAUGGAGGAGAAGGGCAUGGAGGAGAAGGGCAUGGAGGAGAAGGGCAUGGAGGAGAAGGGCCAUGGAGGAGAAGGGCAUGGAGGAGAAGGGCAUGGAGGAGAAGGGCAUGGAGGAGAAGGGCAUGGAGGAGAACGGCAUGGAGGAGAAGGGCAUGGAGGAGAAGGGCAUGGAGGAGAAGGCAUGGAGGAGAAGGGCAUGGAGGAGAAGGGCAUGGAGGAGAAGGGCAUGGAGGAGAAGGGCAUGGAGGAGAAGGGCAUGGAGGAGAAGGGCAUGGAGGAGAAGGGCAUGGAGGCAGAAGGGCAUGGAGGAGAAGGGCAUGGAGGAGAAGGGCAUGGAGGAGAAGGGCAUGGAGGAGAAGGGCAUGGAGGAGAAGGGCAUGGAGGAGAAGGGCAUGGAGGAGAAGGGCAUGGAGGAGAAGGGCAUGGAGGAGAAGGGCAUGGAGGAGAAGGGCAUGGAGGAGAAGGGCAUGGAGGAGAAGGGCAUGGAGGAGGAAGGGGCAUGGAGGAGAAUGGGCAAUGGAGGAGAAGGGCAUGGAGGAGAAGGGCAUGGAGGAGAAGGGCAUGGAGGAGAAGGGCAUGGAGGAGAAGGGCAUGGAGGAGAAGGGCAUGGAGGAGAAGGCAUGGAGGAGAAGGGCAUGGAGGAGAAGGGCAUGGAGGAGAAGGGCAUGGAGGAGAAGGGCAUGGAGGAGAAGGGCAUGGAGGAGAAGGGCAUGGAGGAGAAGGGCAUGGAGGAGAAGGGCAUGGAGGAGAAGGGCAUGGAGGAGAAGGGCAUGGAGGAGAAGGGCAUGGAGGAGAAGGGCAUGGAGGAGAAGGGCAUGGAGGAGAAGGGCAUGGAGGAGAAGGCAUGGGAAGGGCAUGGAGGAGAAGGGCAUGGAGGAGAAGGGCAUGGAGGAGAAGGGCAUGGAGGAGAAGGGCAUGGAGGAGAAGGGCAUGGAGGAGAAGGGCAUGGAGGAGAAGGGCAUGGAGGAGAAGGGCAUGGAGGAGAAGGGCAUGGAGGAGAAGGGCAUGGAGGAGAAGGGCAUGGAGGAGAAGGGCAUGGAGGAGAAGGGCAUGGAGGAGAAGGGCAUGGAGGAGAAGGGCAUGGAGGAGAAGGGCAUGGAGGAGAAGGGCAUGGAGGAGAAGGGCAUGGAGGAGAAGGGCAUGGAGGAGAAGGGCAUGGAGGAGAAGGGCAUGGAGGAGAAGGGCAUGGAGGAGAAGGGCAUGGAGGAGAAGGGCAUGGAGGAGAAGGGCAUGGAGGAGAAGGGCAUGGAGGAGAAGGGCAUGGAGGAGAAGGGCAUGGAGGAGAAGGGCAUGGAGGAGAAGGGCAUGGAGGAGAAGGGCAUGGAGGAGAAGGGCAUGGAGGAGAAGGGCAUGGAGGAGAAGGGCAUGGAGGAGAAGGGCAUGGAGGAGAAGGGCAUGGAGGAGAAGGGCAUGGAGGAGAAGGGCAUGGAGGAGAAGGGCAUGGAGGAGAAGGGCAUGGAGGAGAAGGGCAUGGAGGAGAAGGGCAUGGAGGAGAAGGGCAUGGAGGAGAAGGCAUGGAGGAGAAGGGCAUGGAGGAGAAGGGCAUGGAGGAGAAGGGCAUGGAGGAGAAGGGCAUGGAGGAGAAGGGCAUGGAGGAGAAGGGCAUGGAGGAGAAGGGCAUGGAGGGAGGAAGGGCAUGGAGGAGAAGGGCAUGGAGGAGAAGGGCAUGGAGGAGAAGGGCAUGA